ACUUUCACUCAGAAUAGCAGCUUAAAAAAACAUCAACUCAUCCACACUGGAUUAAAACCAUUCAGCUGUGAUCAGUGUGGAAAGGCUUUUACUGAAAAUGGCAACUUAAAACAACAUCAGCUCGUCCACACUGGCAUUAAACCAUUCAGCUGCGAUCAGUGUGGAAAGACUUUCACUCAGAGUGGCAGCUUAAAAAAACAUCAACUCAUCCACACUGGAUUUAAACCAUUCAGCUGCGAUCAGUGUGGAAAGUUUUUUACUCAUAGUAACUGUUUAAAAAAACAUCAACUCAUCCACACUGGAUUUAAACCAUUCACCUGUGAUCUGUGUGGAAAGUCUUUUACUCAGAGUGGCAGCUUAAAAGAUCAUCUUCUCAUCCACACUGGAAUUAAAUCAUUUGUCUGUGGUCAGUGUGGAAAGGCUUUUACUCAUAUUACAAAUUUAAAACAACAUCAGCUCAUCCACACUGGAAUUAAACCAUUCAGCUGUGAUCAGUGUGGAAAAUCAUUUACUCGGCGUAGAAACUUAAAAAAACAUCAUCUCCUCCACAUUGGAUUGAAACCAUUCAGCUGUGAUCAGUGUGGAAAAUCUUUUAGCUGCAUGAGUUACUUGAAAGAACAUCAGGCCAUCCACACUGGCAUUAAACCAUUUGUCUGUUGUCAGUGUGGAAAGGGUUUUCGUCGCAUGGAUACUUUAAAAAAUCAUCAACUAAUCCACACUGGAGUUAAUUAAUUUUUUAUUGGUCAGUGCUGAAAUGCGGCCAAUUCUAUGUAAAC